AUGGAGAAGCGUCUCCAAAGCCUGACCAAGCUUCAUAGUAGGGCUGGAGAAAUCCAAACCGUCAUCGAGGAGCUUAAUGGGGCACGGAACUACCGUCAGUGGAAGAAGAAUAUGUUGAUCCUGCUUGGAUCUAACGGCCUCCUUCAGUUCGUCGUCAGCCAGAAUAGGUUGGUAGCGCCACCUGAGGAACACCACCUAUAUUUCGAGUGGGUACGGUUGAAUUACACCGCCGGACGAACCAUUGUGCAAAACGUCUCAAAAUCGAUCAGCAGAGACGUAGCACGACUAGCCGACCAGCCACACUUGCUUUGGAAGCUACUCGAGACGCAGUACGCAGCGAACAGUGUGAGCAUUGCACGGUCAGGCAUGGAAGCAGCUAUAUCUAUUCGGUAUAGCAAAUGCAGAGGCAUAUCCGAGUAUGCCCGCAAAGUUCAGGCCGCUUGGAACGACAUCUUUGUCGGACGCGGUUGGUCUCCCGAAUUUGAAUGGUGUAGAUGCCUUGCACUUAUCACUGGUCUCGAUACACCCGAAUGGACGGGGUGGAAGACCACUUGGGAUACUAUCGCCAAAGAGCAGCGCAACCCUAUGGACGAAUAUCACUUCCGUUCUAUCGUCCAUGAACUGUCGACUCAGGAAACAGCGAAUCGACAGCACCAGAAAUGGUCUAUGGUCGCCGCGACGAACAACUCUUCGAAGCCAGAAUCGAAGGGCUCACGGAAGACCUGUACAUACUGCCGCAAACCCAGCCAUACUGAACCGGAUUGCUGGCGAAAACAUCCCGAAAAGAGGCCUAAGGACAAAUCUAAGGGAAGUAAUGUGCAAAGCACUAGCAACGGCAAGCCACAGGAGACAGAGUCAUUGAUAACGACGACUGUCGAGGGAAAUCCUGUGGAGCCACCUCUUUAUGCGCUAUCAACGGACGCAACAGUGGCCCCUGAUAUGAAGCGCUGGGUCGUCGACACUGCAUGCGACGACUACAUGAUCUCGUCCCCGAAUUAA